CUUGCUCAUCAUGUCUUCUAUUCUUGGGAAGAUGAAGAAAUUUGGCAGUUCUGACAUGGAGGAAUCUGAAGCAACAGAUGAACACACAGAUGGGGAGGACUCCACGCUGGAAACAUCUGACAGCCUCCAGAGUACACUCAACACCAAGGUCCAUCCACCCAAAAGCAACAUCUUUGCAAGACGUGGGAGGUUUGUGAUGGGGGAUAGUGAUAAGGACAUGGCUCCCAUGGACUCCUUGUACCAGAUGGAUCACCUGUUGGCACCUUCUGUCAUCAAAUUUCAUGCCAAUUUGGAAAGGGGGAAAUUUCACAAGCUCCGAUCUACAGAUUCCAUCACAGGCUGCUCAGAAAAGGCUUUUAAAUUUUAUGACCGCAGAAGGAUCUUUGAUGCUGUAGCACAAGGCAACACAAGGGACCUGGAUGAUCUGCUACUCUACCUUAAUAGAACCUUGAAGCAUCUCACAGAUGAUGAGUUCAAAGAGCCAGAAACUGGGAAAACCUGCUUACUGAAAGCCAUGCUGAAUCUACAUGAUGGGAAAAAUGACACUAUUCCCUUGCUGCUGGAUAUUGCAAAGAAAACUGGAACUCUGAAAGAGUUUGUUAACGCAGAGUAUACAGACAAUUACUACAAGGGCCAGACUGCACUUCACAUCGCCAUUGAGAGAAGGAACAUGUACCUGGUGAAGCUCUUGGUCCAGAAUGGAGCAGAUGUUCAUGCAAGAGCCUGUGGGGAGUUCUUCAGGAAAAUCAAAGGGAAACCUGGCUUUUAUUUUGGGGAGCUGCCUCUAUCCCUGGCUGCCUGCACCAACCAGCUUUGCAUUGUGAAAUUCCUCCUUGAGAACCCCUAUCAGGCCGCCAACAUUGCUGCUGAGGACUCCAUGGGCAACAUGGUCCUUCACACACUGGUGGAAAUUGCAGAUAAUACCAAGGAUAAUACCAAGUUUGUUACCAAGAUGUACAAUAAUAUAUUGAUCCUUGGUGCCAAAAUUAAUCCAAUCUUGAAGCUAGAAGAACUCACCAACAAGAAAGGGCUGACUCCAUUAACUCUGGCAGCCAAAACAGGGAAGAUAGGGAUUUUCGCUUACAUCCUCAGACGAGAGAUCAAAGAUCCUGAGUGCAGACAUUUGUCUAGGAAGUUCACUGAAUGGGCUUAUGGACCUGUCCACUCAUCCCUUUAUGACCUGUCCUGUAUAGACACAUGUGAAAAAAAUUCAGUGCUUGAGAUUAUUGCCUACAGCAGUGAAACCCCAAACCGUCAUGAGAUGCUGCUGGUGGAACCCCUUAACAGGCUGCUACAAGACAAGUGGGACCGGUUUGUCAAACACUUAUUUUACUUCAACUUCUUUGUCUAUACCCUGCACAUUACCAUCCUCACUGCAGCGGCCUACUACAGACCUGUAGAGAAGAAAGAGAAGCCUCCCUUCACAUUUGGUCACAGCACUGGGGAAUAUUUUCGAGUGACUGGAGAGAUCCUGAGUGUAUUGGGAGGUCUCUAUUUUUUUCUCAGAGGGAUACAGUAUUUCGUGCAGAGGCGCCCGUCAUUCAGGACACUGAUAGUUGACAGCUACAGUGAGGUUCUUUUCUUUGUUCACUCCUUGCUCCUCCUGAGCUCUGUGGUGCUGUAUUUCUGUGGCCAGGAACUGUAUGUGGCUUCCAUGGUCUUCUCCUUGGCGCUGGGCUGGGCAAACAUGCUGUACUACACCCGUGGCUUCCAGCAGAUGGGUAUUUACUCUGUCAUGAUUGCCAAGAUGAUCCUUAGAGAUUUAUGUCGCUUCAUGUUUGUCUAUCUAGUAUUCCUCUUGGGAUUUUCUACAGCUGUGGUGACUUUAAUUGAAGAUGACAAUGAGGGGCAGGAUACAAAUAUCUCUGAAUAUUCCCGAUGCUGCCAUGUGAAACGAGGCCGCACAUCCUACAACAGUCUAUAUUAUACCUGCUUGGAGCUCUUCAAGUUCACUAUCGGGAUGGGGGACCUGGAGUUCACAGAGAACUACAGGUUCAAGUCAGUGUUUGUCAUCCUUUUGGUUCUUUAUGUCAUCCUUACAUACAUCCUCCUGCUCAACAUGCUUAUUGCACUGAUGGGGGAAACUGUGAGCAAAAUUGCACAGGAGAGCAAGAGCAUCUGGAAACUCCAGAGAGCUAUCACAAUCUUGGAUAUUGAGAACAGCUACUUGAACUGUGUGAGGCGCUCGUUCCGGUCUGGGAAGCAAGUCUUGGUUGGGGUCACACCUGAUGGCCAGGAUGAUUACAGAUGGUGCUUUAGGGUUGAUGAAGUGAACUGGUCCACGUGGAAUACUAAUUUGGGCAUAAUCAAUGAAGAUCCUGGGUGCUCUGGGGACCUCAAACGGAAUCCCAGUUACUCUAUUAAGCCUGGCAGAGUUUCAGGAAAAAACUGGAAAACAUUGGUUCCGCUUUUAAGAGAUGGAAGCAGGAGAGAAGAGACACAAAAACUACCAGAAGAAGUCAAAUUAAAACCUAUUUUGGAACCUUAUUAUGAGCCAGAAUAUUCUGAGACAUUGAAGGAGUCACUUCCAAAGUCAGUCUAAUCUUAUUUUAUUUUUAAGAAGGCUAACUGUAGUUGCCUUUGUUGGUUCUCACAAGCAGGACAACUAAAGCACUUCAUUUGUAAGAACAGGGAUUUCUGGAAAAAGAUAGAGGAUCGGGGAAAUUACAGUGUGCAGGGAUCCAUGAAG